UUACACAGAUUCGUUGGCUGGCGAUUUCGAACUCUCAUCCGUCAAAUUUAUAUAUUGGGGCAGUCACAGAGAGAAGUCAUAUCAAACUGUUACCAUAUUCAUCAGAGUCGGUGUUACAGUCAGAAAUCAUCCGGUCAAUUCCAUCUUAAAAUGUCUUUCCAGUACCCACAAACAUACCGUGACGAAGCGGUGGUGGAUGACUACCAUGGACAGAAGAUCCCUGACCCCUAUAGCUGGCUGGAGGACCCAGACAGUGAGAAGACACAGGCCUUCGUGAACUCACAGAAUCAGCUGACCUUACCGUACCUUGAGGGUUGCGAAGUCCGGGAGGUCUUCAAAGAGCGCAUGACCGAGCUCUAUGACUACCCCAAAUACAGCUGUCCCUUUAAAAGGGGCAACAGGUACUUUCAUUUCUACAAUACAGGGCUCCAGAACCAGAGUGUCAUGUACAUGCAGGAGAACCUGGAUGCAGAACCCUCAGUGUUUCUUGAUCCAAACACAUUCUCUGAAGAUGGAACAGUAGCUCUGCGAGGUUAUGCGUUCUCGGAGGACGGUGAGAUACUGGCGUAUGGGAUCAGUGCGAGCGGCUCAGACUGGGUUGAGAUCCGCUUCCUGCGUGUGGAGGGCGCCAAGCCUCUGGAGGACAAGCUGGAGCGGGUAAAGUUCAGCUGCAUGGCCUGGACCCACGAUGGCUGCGGACUCUUCUACAACUCCUACCCCGUGCAGGAUGGCAAGAGUGACGGUACUGAGACGUCCACUAACCUGCACCAGAAGCUCUUCUACCACGCGUUGGGCACUCCUCAGUCUAAAGACGUGCUGUGUGCAGAGUUCCCUGACCAGCCCAAGUGGAUGAGUGGAGUAGAGGUGUCAGAUGAUGGGCAAUAUGUGCUCUUGUCCAUCAGAGAGGGUUGUGACCCAGUCAACCGGCUGUGGUACUGCGACCUUCAGACUGUACCCAAGGGCAUCACAGGGCUGUUGCCGUGGGUGAAGCUGAUCGACAACUUCGACGCGGAGUACGAGUACGUGACGAACGAGGGCACGGUGUUCACCUUCAAGACCAACUUGGAAGCCCCUCGCUACCGCCUCCUCAACAUCGACUUCAGCCAGCCCAGCAUGAGCAGCUGGAAAGAGCUCAUCCCCCAGCACGACAAGGACGUGCUCGUCUUUGCCACCUGUACCUUCUCCAGCUUCCUGUUUGUGUGUUUCAUGCACGACGUGAAGAACGUUCUGAAGAUGUUCCGCCUGGCGUCGGGCGAGGAGGUGCGCACCUUCCCUCUGGACGUGGGCUCACUGGUGGGCUUCACCGGCAGGAAGAAGGACUCGGAGAUCUUCUACUACUUCACCUCUUUUCUCUCGCCAGCAAUCAUCUACCACUGUGAUCUCACCCAAGAGCCCCUACAGCCCCACGUCUUCAGGGAGGUCACAGUCAAAGGCUUCAACCCCUCAGAAUACCAGACUACUCAGGUGUUCUACCCCAGUAAGGACGGUACGCAGAUCCCCAUGUUCAUUGUCCAUAAGAAGGGCAUUCAGCUCGAUGGCUCCCACCCUGCCUUCCUGUACGGUUACGGCGGCUUCAACAUCUCCAUCACACCCAGCUAUAGUGUGUCGCGUCUAAUAUUUGUGCGCCAUCUUGGGGGAGUGUUAGCCGUAGCCAACAUCAGAGGAGGGGGCGAGUACGGAGAGACCUGGCACAAAGCUGGCAUGUUGGCAAACAAGCAGAACUGCUUCACAGACUUCCAGUGUGCAGCUGAGUACCUGAUCAAAGAAGGCUACUCCUCCCCCAAAAAACUCACCAUCAACGGGGGCUCCAACGGAGGACUGCUCGUGGGGGCGUGUGUGAACCAGCGGCCGGAUCUGUUUGGCUGUGCCGUGGCACAGGUGGGAGUGAUGGACAUGCUCAAGUUCCACAAGUUCACCAUCGGCCACGCCUGGACCACUGACUUCGGCUGCUCGGAGAUCAAGGACCAGUUUGAGUGGCUCAUCAAGUAUUCUCCGCUGCACAACAUCCGCAUCCCGGAGGGCGAGGGGGUGCAGUACCCAUCGGUGCUGCUGCUGACCGGCGACCAUGACGACCGCGUGGUGCCGCUGCACUCCCUCAAGUACAUGGCCACGCUGCAGCACGUGCUCGGCCGCUGGCCCAGCCAGAACAACCCGCUGCUCAUCCACGUGGACACCAAGUCGGGCCACGGCGCCGGCAAGCCCACCAGCAAAGUCAUCCAGGAGGUGGCAGACACCUACGCCUUCAUCGCCCGCUGCCUGAACCUCAAGUGGGUCAAAUGAGACCCGGUGUUCAGCUCUUUCUCUCUCUCACUCUCUCACACUUGCUCAGUGUCACCUGGAGUUUGAGUUGUAUCUCAAGUGGUGGUGGUGUUGUUUUUUUUUUAACUCCUUUCUCUUGGUGUGUGGCUGUUCUUCUAUUCUCUUCUCUUCUCUUCACCUGUUUAAAGAGAUCCCUGUAAUGGUUCUUCCCUUCUCUUGCCUCUGUUUCUCUCCCUCCAUUUCCCUAUCUCUCUGUUUCUCUUUACACUCUCUCCUUUUGAGAGGAGUGCUGGACACUCAGACUGCCAGAUUCACACAGUCUCAAAUUCACUCAUUUAUACACACACGUAUACCAACACACACACACACAGUUCUUUGGCCAACUACAGGAGUCACAGCCAUGGGCCAUUGACAGCUCCCCUCAUAACACACACAGACACACACGCACACACACACACCCUUCAGAUUUUUAUUUGCCCAGUAGGAAAGGCUUUGCCCUCGAGAAAGAGCUCAGAUACUUCAGUGUUUCACCUGCCCAGUGUGUAAGAGGUCAGCAUGUGUUUUAGAUUGUCUGGACAAUGGCAGAUUUGCCAGUUGUGUGUGUGUGUGUGUGUGUGUGUGUGUGUGUGU